AUGGCGAGGCCAGCGCAACCUCACCUCCAAGCAUUGCUCUCUCCCCCUCUCACGCCCUCCCCAUCCACCUCCGCCACACAUGCCCGCGACUCAUCGCCUUACGAAGCCGAUGACGAGCACUCGUCAUCUUGGAGCCAUACAGACAUGGCGCCCAGCAGUCUCGAAGGCUCUACGGAUUUGAAUCUCCCCGCUUACGAUGGCGAAGACACGCGCCCAACUUCCCCCAAAGAACUCCGCGGCUUCUACACCUAUUCCUUCGCGGCCGAGGUCUUUGUGGUGUGUGGCCUCGGCGCCUUUAUCCCCAUCAUUCUAGAAGACCUUGCCAGAGACUCGGCCACUGCAGUCCUCGCUCACGACCACAGCCAACCAUGUCGGGCCCGCGGCAUCCAGCCGCCUCUUGCUCUCCGCCAGGACUCUCCCCACGCCCGUGGCUCUCAGUGCGUCUUUCAGCUCCUCGGCCAUGAGAUCAACACGGCUUCCUUCGCAAUGUACACCUUCUCGCUGUCGGUGCUGCUCCAGGCCCUCGUCGUCGUCACCAUGUCUGGCGCCGCCGAUCACGGCCGAUACAGGAAGACACUCCUGCUUACAUUCGCAAUCGUCGGGGCCAUCGCUACCAUGCUCUUCCUGCCUGUCACUCCUGCCGUAUUCCUUCUAGGCAGUCUAUGGGCCACGGUUGGAAACGUGUGUUUUGGGGCAAGUUUCGUCUUGUUAAACUCCUUUUUGCCAUUGCUCGUGAGACAUCACCCGGCUUCGCCACGUGCACACACGGCUGAUGCGCAAGGGUUGGAUUAUUCGGAACUUCUACGGGAUCCGGAUUAUCGGGAGUCAGAAGACCCUUCUGCAUCAGACGUGAUCGAUCCUACAGCAUCGCUACUGGGGCAAGACGAGCGGAUUGCGCCAAUGCCCGCUGCUGCCUCUGCACAAAUGCAGCUUUCAACCAGGAUCUCAUCCAACGGCGUCGCCAUAGGCUACAUUGCGGCGGUCACUGUGCAGAUUCUCUCCGUUCUCAUCCUCAAAGCCACGGGUGCAAAUCUCUUCUCUCUCCGAUUGGUACUCUUCUUCAUUGGCGCCUGGUGGCUGAGCUUCACCAUUCCCGCAGCAUUCUGGCUUCGACCGCGGCCCGGGCCUCCACUUGCCAUUGGCAAAAGCAGUCGGUUCGGAACAUGCAUCGCCUACCUCACCUUCUCAUGGGCCAACUUGGGCCGAACAAUCAUCCGUGCUCGACGCCUCAAGGAUGUCCUUCUCUUCCUCGGCGCGUGGUUUAUGAUCUCCGACGCAGUAGCCACCGUCUCCGGCACAGCCAUAUUGUUCGCCAAAACCACGCUGGAAAUGGACUCUUCCGCCCUCGCGCUCAUCAACGUCAUCGUCACCAUCUCCGGCAUCGCAGGAGCCUUCACCUGGUCAAAAGCAAGUCGCUUCCUCCAACUCAAACCCAGCCAAACCAUCCUCACCUGCAUCUGCCUCUUCGAACUCAUUCCCCUCUACGGCCUCCUCGGCUACAUUCCCGCCAUCCAACGCCUUGGAUCCUUCGGUCUGCAGCAACCGUGGGAAAUGUAUCCCCUCGGCGCAGUCUACGGUCUCGUCCUUGGUGGUCUGUCCAGCUACUGCCGCAGUCUGUACGGCGAGCUCAUCCCGCCGGGCAGCGAAGCGGCUUUCUACGCCCUCUACGCCAUCACCGAUAAGGGGAGUAGUGUGUUUGGACCCGCCAUUGUAGGCGCCAUCACCGACGCCACCGGCGAUAUCCGACCCGCGUUUUGGUUUUUGGCAGUGCUGAUCGCUUUGCCCAUUCCGCUUAUGUCCUUGGUUGAUGUGGACAGGGGCAAGCGAGAGGGGGCGGCGUUGGCGAGAGAGACAAUCAAGCAGACAGCGCGGCAGCAGGACUUGGUUGGAGGGGAAGAUCACGCUGAUUGA